ACUGAAACUUAAAUGAAUUUCCUUCAGUUUUGUUUGAGGAACGGUGUGGUCUGAUGUGCGUCCGUGAUGCUGAGUUAUUUGUAUUUGAAAUAAGAAGCCUCUAAUUUAAUAGUAAUAGGUGAGUUGGUUAAAUUCAACCAAAACGUAGUGUGGGCUCUUCUUGCACCUUUAUUGUAACAAAAAAAUUCCACAUAUCUCACUCUUAAUACUUUAAUUAAUUGCUGUUGUGGCACAAACCAAUUGUUAGAUAUAGUAUUUAAAUAAUGCUUGAGGAAAUAAGAAUUUUGUUAAAUUUUGUCCUGCAACGGUUUGUUAAAUCUUACAUUGUGCGUGCAGAAAUCUUCAAGUCGUAAAAACGAUCUUAUGUUGAUUUAAAGAGUUUAUAGCUGCAAAAUAUACAUUUCUUCGAUUUAUUGCUUGACUUGUUAUUUCUGGAGGAAAGUGACGGCAAAAGCAAAUAGCAUUGAUACAAACCAUUUUUUAUUUGUUAACAGAUUCAAGUUUGGUACAAGCUUGGGUGUAAAAUAAAUUUUUCUAUAAGUUUAGUAGUAAAUUAAUUAACUAGUGGCAUACUAAAACCAAAUAAAUACGGUUAUUUAUUAUGUAUUGCUUUUAUUUUAACAAAACCUAAAGCAAUUUCAGUUACAACUUUAAAUACUUUAUUCGCGGUAAAUAUUAUAUUAAAUCAACAGGUGUAAUAAAAUCGCUGAAUUUGAAUGAACCAUUGUUUUUGAUGUUGCUGUUGCAGACUUUUUAUUGAAUGUUACUUUGAAGUAAUUACAUAAAUUAGAUUCAUUGGGCAUUAAUUAUAUGAUAUUUGAAUGGACACUAAUUAAAUUCACUGAGUCAGUAUAGGGAGAAUAAAAACGUUUCUGAAAUAUUUGUCUGAAUGAAAUUAAAUCGAUUAAAUAUUUGCGUAUCAAUCAAGCCAGGGAUCGCGUUUAUUUUUAAGGAGUUUUAAAAAUUCUGACGCAUCUUCUCUGUUAUGCUUUACACAGUUUCGUGGAUCUUCCUUGAAGGAGAUUGAUGUGGCCAGUGAAAUCCAUCUCUGCGUCACUUCUUAGCGCAAACCCUUUACAAUUUGUUGGAAGUUAAACUGAUCCUGCAAGCUACAGAUACCUCCCUUGAAUAACUUUAGGAAAAUGCGACUUUCUCUCAGAUUUUCUUUAAUUAGCAGAUUACAUAGUUUAUGAUGUAAUCAUGGCCAGAAGUUCCAACAGUGGAGCCGUUCCAUCUAUAAUUAUGUAAAAUCGAUGCUUUGGGAUGAUUACCAACUCUAGGGUACCUUAAAUGGCAUUGUUAGAGCGAAAAAGCGGUUAAUUGCUUUUAAAUGAAACCGUAAAAGGAGGAAAAAUGUUCCUGGCCCUAAAGACAGGUUUAAACGCGGCAUAAAACUUGAAUGAACGUUACUUAAAUAUUUACCAAAUGCAUUCUAAUUUCAUUUGAAUUUUUAAAUAUUUACUCCGAAUUUCAAAACUAUAUUUUUCUUGUGGCGAUAGGUAAGUUAUCCAGAUGCUCGUUAUAAACAAAAUCUGUGUCAUAUUCGUUUUAUAGCCAUCCUACUAACAUUCAUUGUUAAAAUAUUGUUUCAGUUUGAAUAGGUACAGCUGUAAUUGUAGUCGAGUUUUGGUAAACAAAAUGAGCAAAGUAAACACGCAGUUUUUAUUUAAAAAAUGCUGUAAAAAUAAAAUCGCAAUUUAUUCCUGGAUUAAGUGCUCAGUAUUUUUAGAUACUCCGAUAAUAAUAUAACUAAAUCAACUUUCUAAGUAGAUAAUGAAUGGGGGGACAACACAACACAACCUUGACCUUGAGUUUGACCCCGCCCAUUUUCCCUCUCUUUUUUUUCAAGGUCACUCGUUCUCUCUCUCUCUUACUUUUUCAAGGCCAACCCCUCCACUUCCCCCACCACUUCAAGGCCAAGGCAUUAUUGGACCUUGAUGUUUUCAAGGUCAAGGCCAUUCAUGUUACUCCCCACUUUUGCAAGGCCAACAACUCCUCACUCAUUCAAGAUGAAUCGCGCAAUUGUCCUUACUCAUUUUCCACCCCAAACUGUAUAAAAGUUAAUGUGUUGUGUUGUGUAACACAGUUCUUGUGUAUAUCUACAAUAACAAGCAAUUCUUAAAAAAUGGAACCCAUCAGAAAAAGUUCUAUUUUUAAUACUCCUGAGGAUAUCAUAGUUUGUCCAUACGACAAAAACCACAUUCUUCUUUGGUUUCGGCUCGAAAGGCACAUUUGGAAGUGCCAUCGGGCCGAUAAAGAAAAGCAAAGGGCCUCAAGUAAAGUGAUGGUGCAAGAAGAAGAGGAGAACUGGGAUCAUUUCAAUGAGCCCAGCUACCUAGACUUCAUAAGAAGUAAAAAGAAUCAUAAUGUCAUAAGUAAAGUGAUGGUGCAAGAAGAAGAGGAGAACUGGGAUCAUUUUAAUGAGCCCAGCUUCCUCGACUUCCUGAGGAGUAAAAAGAAUCAUAAUGUCAUAAGUAAAGUGAUGGUGCAAGAAGAAGAGGAGAACUGGGAUCAUUUAAAUGAGCCCAGCUACCUCGACUUCCUGAGGAGUAAAAAGAAUCAUAAUGCCUUAAAUUAAAGAAGGCCGGGGUUCUUUCGUAGAGAAUAGUGUAGUUUAGCUAAGUAGUAGUCGUAGUAAAAUAUAAAUAUUAUAUUAUUGUAUAAAAAAAUAGAAGUUGUAAAAAAAAAGCUACAUGUUUUUAUGUACACCUAUUUCAACCUACUGAUACAAGUAAGUGUGACCAGCAAGCAGAGUCGCUCCCUGUUUCAAGACCACUCAUUCCCUCUUUAUCUUUGAUGUUUUCAUCUCACUUUUUCUCAUUAUUUCACUUUUUCAAGGCCACAAUAUUGGUGCAUUUUCAUUCAAGGUUAAAAAGUGGGGGUAUAGUUAAUAUAUAGAAUUUAGUACAAGUUUGAUAGCAGUCAGUACUAAUUUAAUCCUCCGAGAAAUAAGAAUAUAAAAAAGUGCAUAUAUCUGUGUUAAUGUCUAAGAGUAUUCGCUGCUGGGUCAUGGAUGUAUUGAAUCGAAUCGCUCGAUGCGGACAGAAGCCCAUUUUAAAAGCUGGUGAGCUAGAGUUGAACACAAGAUUCCGCAUACAUAAUAUUAGACGCACAAAGUCUCUGUUCGGAAAUUCAGUGCUUGUUGAGUUGGACAAUUAUGCAGUGUUUCUGCCGAGAAGAAUAAGUGAUUAUUUGACUGAGGAGAAAAUUGAUGAGUUAUUACGAGAUCCACGUCCACUAUAUUUAAUAUAUUUGGGAAAAGAAGAUGCUAGAAACCCGACAUCUGCACAUUGUUUUGAGUUUCAACGUGUUGAUGAUGAAAUAUUAGGUGAGUGAACAUAAUGUAAAAUGGAGGAUGAAAAGAAAUUAAAGAAAUGUAUAUUUCAUUUACAGUUAACGAGGGUGCCGAAGAGUAGGAUGAAAUUAUCGGAAAAAGACUUAUGUGUGUGAAGUAGUGUGCGUUUUGUGCUAGUGAUAGUUUCUUAAAAUAAAUAAAUAAAUAAAAAAUCAUGUGUCUAGACGAUGGACAAUAUGAAAAAAGUUUAUACGAGUGUUUUGAUAAAAGACUGUUAUCAUAUAAGAACUGGGUACAUUCAUACCCAUCUCCAUGGAGUUCAGCAAAAGCGGGAUUGUUUUAUAUUCAAAUAUCUGAUUGUACCCAGUGUUUUGUUUGUGGAGUAAUAAUUUCACGAUGGGAAAAAAGUGAUGAUGCGUUUAUGGAGCAUAAAAAACAUUCUCCAAAAUGUGGAUAUGUGAAAUUGCUUUCCACAGACAAAACUACAAUUCAGAAAUUCAAAUUAGUUACUAAAAAUAGCAUUGUUGUAGUUUUAUUUUUUAUAGUAUUUGUAUUCAUAUAUUAUUUAUGUGCAUAGGUAAUGUGAUGCAGACUUGUUAACCUUGAUCAGUGUCGGGCGCGCGUCAAAGGCAAAGGUUUCAAGAGGCGUCUUGAUUUAAUUAGUUUAUAAUUAAAUAAGUGGUAGAAUAAUAUGGAGGAUUUAUAAUAGAUUUAAGGAUAUUUAAUGUACUACCUAUAAUAUUGAUGAAAUAAAGUGUUUUAAUCGA